AUGACUGCACCUCGUAAAGAGGCUACUGCUAACCACGUCCAUGAACAAGCGCUCAUUGAUAAAGCAGCCCAUGAAAGAGACAAUCUGGACAUUGUCCAACAAUUGAGAGCAGACAGUGAUAUCAUUGAAUACAAGGCUUACAGUCAUUCAUCGCCUGGAGAAAUUGAACAUUCUUUAACCAUUACCACUUUGAGAGGCCCUGACAAGAUCAUUGUUCCUCCUUUGAUGUUUUUCAACACAUCUUAUACCGAGUUGACGACGGUGCUUCAUCUAGGCAAAAAGUUAUGUGGACACGAAGGCAUUAUUCAUGGGGGAUUGGCUGCUACUAUUUUGGACGAGACGUUGUGCUAUUUAGGAUAUCCUGCUUUAGCACCGAAUAAAGUCGUGUUUACGGCCAAUUUAAACAUCAAUUAUAGAAAGCCCAUCCUUUCCAAUCAAUGGGUGGUGAUUAAAGCCAAAUUGGACAAGAAAGAAGAGUACAAAGCUCAUGUAUCCGCGUCUAUCCGUAGUUUGAAAGAGGAUGCGCUAUUGACAGAGGCGACAUGCUUAUUAAUUGCACCCAAGCCUAAAAAAACGACAGCUGCUUCUGAUGCUGAAAGCACUGUCUCCUCCUAA